CACAAACUGACGCACCAAUAAACCGCGUGUGAUUCUAAAGGUAAAUAUUCAGACUUCAAGUGUUUGACUCGGUGUUGGCUCAUCAACGCUAGUGGUGCUUUGACCAGCGUGUGUGUGUUUGUGUGUGUUUGGUUGUCAGGAGGAAAAACAUCAACAGCUACAGACUCAACACUGGCACAGACAUGGCAUCGCUAGCUGCGGCGAAAGAGCCCGGUGCGAGCCCGGUCUACAACCCGCUGGCGGACGCUCUGGCCCCCGCGAGUAUCUUCGCUCCGGACCGGGGAGGCUGCGGGGACGACGCCGGGGACGAGAGCUGCGAGGACGAGGACCUGAUCAACGGCGUGCCCGAGCACCGCGGUGUCGACUUCACCAACAAGCAGGCUCUGGUUUGCCCCAAUGGAGAGCAGUAUGACUCGUUACUGCGCCAGCUCCGGGACCGGAUGGAGGAGGGAUGUGGAGAGACCAUCUACGUGGUCGGGAUGGGCUCAGAUGGUGGUGACUGGGGACUGGAUAAGACAGAUAUGGAGGCCUCUGUGGCCACAGUGCACUCGAUGUGUGAGCAGCUGGACGCCGACCUCAUUCCACUCCGAGAGCGCAGCGAGGCCGCAGGUCUGGUGCACGACUAUCUGAUCCGCAGGCGUGUGGGCGAGCUGGACUUCCUGGAGGUCAGGGUUGCAGUGGUGGGGAACGUGGACGCUGGAAAGAGUACUCUCCUCGGGGUGUUGACGCAUGGAGAGCUGGACAACGGCCGGGGCUUCGCCCGCCAGAAGCUCUUCAGGCACAAGCACGAGAUGGAGAGUGGCAGGACCAGCAGUGUGGGCAACGACAUCCUGGGCUUCGACCAGGAGGGACAGGUGGUGAACAAACCAGACAGUCAUGGGGGAAGCCUGGACUGGACCAAAAUCUGCGAGAAGUCCUCCAAGGUCAUAACCUUCAUAGACCUGGCCGGCCACGAGAAAUACCUCAAGACUACUGUGUUUGGGAUGACUGGACACCUGCCCGACUUCUGCAUGCUCAUGGUGGGCAGUAACGCAGGUAUCGUGGGGAUGACCAAAGAGCACCUGGGCCUGGCCCUCGCUCUGAAUGUGCCCGUGUUUGUGGUGGUAACCAAGAUAGACAUGUGUCCAGCCAACAUCCUACAAGAAACACUGAAGCUGCUCCAGAGGUUACUGAAGUCUCCCGGUUGUAGGAAGAUCCCGGUCCUGGUGCAGAACAAGGACGACGUCAUAGUCACAGCAUCAAACUUCAGCUCUGAGAGGAUGUGUCCCAUCUUUCAGAUUUCCAAUGUGAGCGGGGAGAACAUGGACCUGCUCAAGAUGUUCCUCAACCUGCUCUCCUCCAGGACGUCCUACCGAGACGAUCAGCCGGCAGAGUUCCAGAUAGACGACACCUACUCCGUGCCGGGAGUGGGCACCGUAGUUUCAGGAACUACUUUACGUGGACUCAUACGCCUGAAUGAUACCAUGCUGCUGGGGCCGGACCCCCUGGGCAGUUUCAUCCCUAUCGCCGUCAAAUCAAUCCACCGCAAGAGAAUGCCCGUGAAGGAGGUCCGAGGAGGCCAGACCGCCUCGUUUGCUCUCAAAAAGAUCAAGCGUUCAUCCAUAAGGAAAGGAAUGGUGAUGGUGUCCCCGAAGUUGAGCCCACAGGCCACUUGGGAGUUUGAGGCCGAGAUCCUGGUGCUGCACCACCCCACCACGAUAUCCCCCAGAUACCAGGCCAUGGUCCACUGUGGCAGCAUCAGGCAGACCGCCACCAUCUUGUCCAUGAACAGGGACUGCCUACGAACAGGGGACAAGGCUUCUGUCCACUUUCGCUUCAUCAAGACGCCCGAGUAUCUGCACUGUGACCAGAGGCUGGUCUUCAGAGAGGGUCGCACCAAGGCUGUGGGGACCAUCACUAAGCUGCUGCAAUCCACCAACAACUUGCCGUCAAAUUCCAAACCGCCGCAAAUCAAAAUGCAGUCGACAAAAAAGGUGCCGCUCCGAAAAGAGGACGGCACCGCGGUGGCCGGCGACGACGUAGCGACGAUAGCACAGCCGGCGGGACCGAACACCACACAAGCAGGAGAGGGGGAUGAAGACCCUCAGAUAAAGGAGGGCAACAAAGAGAACAAGGUAAAAUGGGUUAAUUUAAAAAAGAGCCAGAAAAAUGGGAGUGUUUUUGAUUUACCAAAACAAGAUUCUGGAGCUGGUACCUCAGCAGUCUUGAAGGUUGGGUGGUGUCUGCUCAGCUUCUCGGUUUGAGCUGCAGAUUCAUUGUUUCAGCUGGAACCAAUAAACUUGAUGACAGGCCUUAACUAGAUUUGUCUGCUCUCCGCGUGCCGUCGUCUUGUCUGAAAUAAUUUAUGAGCAAAGAAACAAAUCUCUGUAACACAAAUGUGCGUCCACCAGUGAAACGGUUGAUUCUGCAGCGCCAAGAAUAAACAAAAAAAUCAAGAGUAAGACAUCUUGGUGUUUUGAUUCAUGUGAUUGAUUAUUCUCCAAACUUUACUUUCAUUGGUACAACCUCAACAAAGUGAACAUAUAGACUUUAACCGAUGAAAUUAAUUAUAUUAAGGUUGGGAUCAGACUCGUUAUUAGCAGAUAUCCCAAAAUAAAGAGUAGAAUUUGGGCCAUAAAAGUCCACCAGGACUCAGUACAGAUUUCUACAUUACAGGACUUUUGAAUUUAACUGUGCGUCAGCCGUCAGUCCAACCACAGCUCGAAGAACCAGUUAAAUGUCAAACAUUUGAGUUUUGCCGUAACAAUGUUUGUCUCCCCUUCGUAGCCAAAGUCUGGAGGAGGCGGGAGGCGACGGGGGGGCCAGAGGCACAAGGGAAAAGGCCAGAACAGCAGCGCCAACUCGACAGCAGCUCCGUCCUCCUCGGGGACGGGAGGCUGCUGAGCUUUCCUCCUCUUCCGCGCAAGUCUCCCUCUGCGAUCACUCCACCAAGUGUCUUCAUCCCACCAACCAUGAGAGAUUGGCAGAAAGACACUCUCCUUAGUCCAACUACUUCUUGCCUUUUCAUUUUGAUUUUACACCCGGUCUUAUUGUUUUUUAAAAAGGGAACUCCAGGAAGGCAUGCACCCUUUCUGUAUUUUAAUGUCUGCCGCCUUUGCGUUGUUGAAUGAUUUGGAUAAUUGCAAACAGUGAGGUUUCUGAGGUUAGCCUCACUCUGGAUGCUGAUUUAUGUAAUUCUGUUGUUGGAAUCUUUAAGUCAGUUCUCUGGCUCAGUGUCAGCGGUGGGGAGGGUCUAGUACCAAUAUGAGCAGCUAUAAAUACCCCCCCCCCCCCUGCAUUCCCUGUGUAUUUGCAAUGAAAAACAAUUCAUGUUCUAUUUAUACUGCAUAUGUUGAAUAGCUGUUAGUAGUGCUCUGUUUGGAACGAUGCCACUGUACAAAUGUAUGCAAAUCCCAAGUGAAUGUAGCAGAGGGCACAGUGAUUUCAAAUUCUAGAUAUAUAUAUAUAUAUAUAGAAAGUAUAAGCUGUUACGUUUUAUAAUUGUCAGUUAUUUAUUCAGCAGCAUACAUGCAGAACGUUGGCUUUCAGAUGGUCUGAAGGUUUUUCCUCCUGCUCUCGUCUGCGCUUUUAAAACUCAAGUCGUAUCUGAUGCUUCCACCGUCACUCAUAUCCACGCACACUCCGUAUUCCAAUAAGUGUAAGUACAAACAAAUACAGCACAUAAUCCCAUCAUUCCAACAGUUGUCCAUGAUUUGAGAACAUGCAGUACUCGCAGUGAUACCUGUAACUCUAGUGCUCCAUGCGUUAAGGCCGGUUGCUGUUAACAUGUUGUAACAAUUUCAAACUUUGCCGCUAUAAAACCUGAACGUUAAUAAACAGGCUUUACUGAACUUUUCAACAGAGUCUCUUCUUAAAUCUGGGCAUCUACAUAUUUCUAAUUGUGUAUUAAAAUAAUCUAAACAUG